GCUAGAGGGUGGAGCUCAAUGUUGAUGCGAAAUAUAUACUAGUACUUGCUUAUUCUGCUGCGUUGUUUGCCACUUUACCAUGCACAAAGGAAUUGAGGGGUGAUGCUGCGUUCGUGUUCUCGAGCACCUCCACCGCCAGCCCUUGGAUCACUCGUUCAAUUCAGUAUAUCUGGUCUUUCUACACGAGGAAGUCCUCUGAAAGCCCAGCAGCAACAUCUCUACCGACAGUAUCCUGGCUAAAGCGCCUAGACCCCGCAUUUCGGAAGACAUAAGGUUGACGGCGAUGCGGCUAAAGCCUGGCCAGUUCAGGCCAAUUUUCGCUUUCGCGAGCAUCAUUUGCUUUGCCCUGUGGGCCCUUCUUGUCCCCUGCGCUCGCAAAGGGAUCUUUUCCAUCUCGAUCGGCCUUGCGCCUCGUGAUGAUAGCUCAAACAUAUCCAUAAGGGAUGCUCUGUACAAUGACACACUCGGUUUCACUAAAGUCAUCGCUAUAAGCCUUCCCGAGCGCACCGACAAGCGAGAUGCCCUUAGCCUCAGCUCAGCCCUUACAGGGUUCAAAAUCACCUGGCAGGAUGGCGUCAAAGGCGAGACCAUACCCGACAAAGCCUUACCAGUUGGCUGGAACCGUAAAGGAGGCGCAAAGGACGCGAAUGUAGGAUCCUGGAGGGGCCACAUCAAUGCAAUGAGACGUAUCAUCGACGAUGAUCUACCGUCGGCACUGAUAGUCGAAGAUGACGUGGACUGGGAUGUGAAUAUCAAAUCUCAGCUUUAUAGGUUCGCACUGGCGGCAAGAGAACUGCAGACUGAGAGAAGCUGGCUUCACGAGGAUCCGUAUCUUCACAAGAAUAAUCCCAAUCCUAACGAUGACACAGUGCCCUCGCGGAAACACCGAUCAGGAAAUAAUCGCUUCGAAUGGGACGCAUAUCCGAACAACACGCGCAUCGUAUAUGUCCAGGGCGAUCACAUUUGCACCUACGCCUAUGCGCUGACACAGCUAGGUGCGAGAAGGGCGUUGGAAUACAUGUCGCUCAGAGGUCAACACAAGAAUUUUGAUCACCACUUGAGUGAUCUUUGCCGCACGAUGGGAAAUGGAAUGCGGUGUAUUGGGAUUGUGCCGAGCUUGUUUGUACAUCAUCGUCCGAGAGGGUUGGUUAGUGGUGACUCGGAUAUUGGAUAUGGUGCCACAGCUGGCGCUGCGAGUCCUGCAUUCAGGGAGACUGGCAGUACAAACGGUAUCUUGUAUAGUACGAGAUUGAAUUUGCAGAGGCUGCUUAGGAGUGAGAAGCCAGAGAUGCAGUGGGAUGAUUAGCGACGGGGAGUUGCUCAACUAUCCACCUGGAGCAAGUCACGAAAUCCAAA